AUGGAUAUUACAAUUGCUCUACGCUUUUUGGGUUCGGUUCUUCUGGCGGUACUGUGGUGUGAUGCAACGUUCAGAAGCGGCGACGCAGCAGUCAGUUCAGGCGACCUGAGAAAGAUCCAUGAAGUCAACAAAAUGGGUCCGUAUUUGGGGAUCGUGGUGCCAAACAUGUUCGAGAUGAACCCUCUUCUCCAGCCCGGUCGUUUCGUGUCCGACCCGACCACUCCAACCCUCGAUAUUAUGGGAAGAAGGUUUAGGAUAGGAAAGGUGGGAGAUCAGAAGGUUAUCAUUGUGAUGACAGGAUUAAGCAUGCUGAAUGCAGGGGUAGCCACAGAAUUACUUCUGACGCUGUUCAACGUGGAAGGCAUCGUCCACUACGGAAUCGCGGGGAACGCGAAUCCGGAGCUCCAGAUCGGCGACGUGGCGAUUCCAGAGUACUGGGCCCAUUCUGGGCUCUGGAACUGGCAGAGGUACGGGUUUGGGCCCAACGACCCACUAGCCCUCGAGUCCAACGGCGACUACACCAGGGAGAUUGGAUACCUGAGAUUCGCCAACUACAGUACUCCGUCGUCGGACAACCUUCUGAACAACGUUUGGUACCAACCGGAGGAGGUAUUUCCGGUGGGCGGAUCUCCGGAAGUGAGGCAGCACAUCUUUAAGGUCCCCGUCGAUUCGCAUUACCUGGACGUGGCUAAAACGGUCGAGAAAGACGGUGUGAUUCUAGCGAGGUGCGCGACCCCGUCGAACUGCUUGCCGAGAGAGCCGGUGGUGGCGACGGUGGAGAUGGGAGUGAGUGGGAGUGUGUUCGUUGACAACAAGGCGUACGGGGAGUUCCUGAACGGCGAGUUCAAUGCGACCGCGAUAGAUAUGGAGAGCGCUGCGGUGGCGCUGGUUUGCUACCAGCAAAAAGUCCCUUUCAUCGCGAUCAGGGCUCUGUCGGAUCUUGCCGGCGGAGGCUCCGCUCUUUCCAACGAGGCCGAAGCUUUUGCUCCCUUGGCAGCUGCCAACGCCGUGCUGGUCUUGGUUCAGUUCGUCGCUGCGUUGGCAUCUUCUUCAUAA